AUGGGUCUGACAGAGGCGCACAGCGGCGAGAAGGGCAAGAGCCUAUCCCCAGACCGUCAAUUCGAUGGAUCGGACUCGGAAGCCCCCCAGUUCUCGAACAUCAAUGAACGCAAGUUGAUGGCCAAGAUCGAUGGGCGCCUUCUGCCGUGCAUCUGUAUCUUGUACCUGCUUGCUUUCUUGGACCGUGUCAAUAUCAGUAACGCGGCAAUCCUUGGACUCAAGACCGACUUGAACAUCGAAAAAGGUACCAAGUACAACACAGCAUUGACGAUCUUCUUCGUGCCAUACAUUGUUUGCGAAAUUCCGGCGAAUAUCCUGUUGAAGAAGCUAAAGCCUCACGUUUGGUUGUCCUUUUGCAUGUUUAUGUUCGGCGUCGUGAUGAUUUGCCAGGGCUUAGUGACAAAUUGGGGUGGAUUGAUGACCACUCGAUUUUUCUUGGGGGUUUUCGAGUCGGGCAUGUUCCCUGGGUGCUUCUACCUCCUGGGUAUGUGGUAUAAGCGUAGCGAAGCCCAGAAGCGAUUCAGCUUCUUCUUCAGCUCAACGACUCUGGCCGGUGCGUUCGGUGGUUUGUUGGCCUAUGGUCUAUCGCACAUGGCUGGUGACCGAGGUUACAAUGGCUGGCGGUGGGUGUUCAUCAUUGAAGGCGUUAUCACCGCGGCCGUCGCAAUCAUCCUCUUCUUCUUCAUUCCCGACUUCCCGGAGGAGGCCAAGUGGUUGACCGAGGAGGAGCGCGAAUUCGUCCGCGAGAAGCUGGCCAAGGAUGUGGGCAAGUCAGCUCAUCACGUCAAGAUGGGCUGGCGUGAGAUCAAGGGCGUCUUGUUAGACUACAAGGUCAUUCUCGGUGGCUUCAUGUACUUUGGUCUCAUCGUCCCGGCGUACAGCUAUGCCUAUUUUGCCCCUUCGAUUAUCCAGAGCUAUGGAUAUAGUGCGGUUCAAACCCAGUUGUACUCGAUUCCUCCUUGGGCAGCUGCAUUUGUAUUUUCCAUGAUAGUGGCUUUCUGCUCGGAUCGCAUGAAGCACCGCUUUGCCUUUACAAUCAUUACAGUGUGCAUCGCCAUUGCUGGUUUUGCCAUGCUCUUCAGUAUCCACGGCAAGGAGCACAGGCACGCCGAGUACGGUGCGCUCUUCCUGGUGACUUGUGGUGCUUAUAGUGCUAUGCCUGUCAUCGUGUGUUGGUUCGCUAUGAACUUGGGUGGUCAUCACCGUCGCAGCGUGGGAACUGCAUGGCAGGUCGGAUUCGGCAACAUUGGCGGUAUCAUUGCCACCUACUCCUUUAUCUCGAGCGAGGCACCUUACUACAAGUCCGGUUUCAGCAUUUGUAUAGCAUGGUGCUGCUUGUCCAUUGUUGCAUGCUGCCUCUAUUUCGGUGCUAUUUGGUUCGAGAACCGCAAGCGUGACCGCGCUGCCAUUGACCCGAACGCUGUCUCGGAGGAACAGGAAGAAUACCAGGGCGAUCUCGCACCCACUUAUCGUUACCAAUUUUAG